AGGAGAAAAGAAAAGACCCUGCAAAAUACUAUAUCGUCGAGUUUUCUCUCAGAUCCAAAAUCUCUCUUUCUCUCUCUUCCCCUCCCCCCUCCCCCCUCAGAUCUCUUUCGGAUCUCCGAUUUCGAAUUCGGACUAUCCACUUUCGCCCCCCGGUUCGAGGUGAUUGAUCGUCGCCGGACUUUGAUUUCCGUUCGGAUCAGGUUGAGCUCUACCGGAGCUUCGGACCGACCCAAUCAUGAAUCCCUUCUCCUCCGGAACGCGCCUGAGGGACAUGAUUCGGGCUAUACGUGCUUGCAAAACUGCAGCAGAGGAACGUGGUGUUGUAAGAAAAGAGUGUGCUGCUAUUCGUGCUGCCAUAAAUGAAAAUGAUAAUGACUACAGGCACCGUAACCUGGCUAAGCUCAUGUUCAUCCACAUGCUGGGUUACCCUACACAUUUUGGUCAAAUGGAGUGCCUGAAGUUGAUCGCAUCUGCUGGUUUUCCUGAGAAGAGAAUAGGGUAUCUUGGCCUCAUGCUGCUUCUCGAUGAAAGACAAGAAGUUCUGAUGUUGGUCACAAACUCGUUGAAACAAGAUCUGAAUCACUCAAACCAGUAUAUUGUCGGACUUGCUCUUUGUGCUAUGGGAAAUAUUUGUUCAGCAGAGAUGGCUCGUGAUCUUGCACCAGAAGUAGAGAGAUUGCUACAAUUUCGAGAUCCAAAUAUCCGGAAAAAGGCAGCAUUGUGCUCCAUAAGGAUUAUAAAGAAAGUCCCUGAACUGGCGGAAAAUUUUAUUAAUCCUGCUGCUGCCUUACUUAGAGAAAAGCAUCAUGGUGUUUUAAUCACAGGAGUUCAACUUUGUACAGAGCUUUGUAAAGCCAGUGAAGAAGCUCUCGAAUACUUUAGAAUGAAGUGCACAGAGGGUUUGGUCAAGACACUAAAGGAUCUCGUGAACAGCCCAUAUGCUCCUGAGUACGACAUUGCUGGGAUCACGGAUCCUUUCCUCCAUAUUAGAUUGCUAAAGCUUUUGCGUGUAUUGGGUCAAGGAGAUGAGGAUGCUAGUGAAUGUAUGAAUGACAUACUUGCCCAGGUGGCUACCAAAACUGAGUCAAACAAAAAUGCAGGGAAUGCAAUUCUAUACGAAUGCGUAGCAACUAUAAUGAGCAUCGAAGACAAUGGUGGCUUACGUGUGCUUGCCAUCAAUAUUUUGGGAAGAUUUUUAUCGAAUCGUGACAAUAAUAUCAGAUAUGUUGCGUUAAACAUGCUGAUGAGAGCCAUUACAGUUGAUGCUCAAGCUGUACAGAGGCAUCGGGCAACUAUCUUGGAAUGUGUAAAGGAUUUAGAUGCUUCAAUUCGUAAAAGGGCCCUUGAACUUGUUUAUGUUCUUGUGAAUGAAAGUAACGUGAAACCUCUAACAAAAGAGCUCAUUGAUUAUUUGGAAGUAAGUGAUCAAGAUUUCAAGGGAGAUCUUACAGCAAAAAUUUGCUCCCUUGUCAAGAAGUUUUCCCCUGAGAAGAUUUGGUACAUUGAUCAGAUGCUCAAGGUUCUCUCUGAGGCUGGAAAUUUUGUAAAAGAUGAAGUAUGGCACGCAGUUAUUGUUGUGAUAACCAAUUCACCUGAUCUUCAUGGGUAUGCGGUUAGGGCUUUAUACAGAGCACUCCAAACAUCAGCUGAUCAGGAAACUUUGGUUCGAGUAGCAGUUUGGUGCAUUGGAGAAUAUGGUGACAUGUUGGUAAAUAAUAUUGGCAUGCUUGAUGUAGAGGAUCCCAUAACGGUAACAGAGAGUGAUGCUGUGGAUAUCAUAGAAAUUGCCCUUAAGCACCAUACCUCGGAUCUGACUACCAAAGCUAUGGCUUUGAUUGCUCUCUUAAAGCUAUCUUCACGUUUCCCAUCUUGUUCAGAGAGGAUCAAAGAAAUCGUAGUUCAGUACAAAGGAAGCCUUGUGCUUGAAUUGCAGCAAAGAUCCAUUGAAUUGAAUUCUAUUAUUGCGAAGCAUCAGAACAUUAGAUCUACACUGGUUGAGAGGAUGCCAACUUUGGAUUUGUUAGAGUGGGAGGAAAAGCAGAGUGGUUCUAUACCAAAUACUACUAGUUCAACUCCUGCUCAUGCUUCAAUCAACAUACCAAAUGGAGUUGUCAAACCUUCUUCAGCUCCUCUUGUGGAUUUACUUGAUCUAAAUUCAGAUGAUGUGCCAGCACCUAGCUCCUCUGGUGGUGAUUCUUUUCACGGUCUUCUCGAUAUUGAUUUGUCAGGAGCUCCUAAACAAUCGGGUGUAAAUCAUUCUCCAAACAAUGGCACUGAUGCUCUGUUGGAUCUCUUGUCUACUGCUACACCUACACAAAGCAGCUCAGCUAUCUCUGAUCUGUUAAACUCUGGUCAAGAUAACAAAACACCUGUUUCACCAUUAGAGGUACUAUCAUCUCCAUUUUCGAACUCCAUACAACCCACUUCUUCUGCUGGAGCUAUUGAUUUGCUGGACAGCUUUGCCACCAACUCACCAAUACAAGAAAACAAUGGCCCUGCGUAUCCAUCUGUAGUGGCAUUUGAGAGCAGCAAUUUAAGGAUAGGGUUUAACUUCUCGAAGCUGCCUGGAAAUCCACAAACAACAAUAAUCAAGGCUACAUUCACUAAUUUGUCACCUAGCGUCUAUACAGAUUUUAUUUUUCAGGCAGCUGUUCCAAAGUUCCUACAACUGCACUUAGAGCCAGCUAGCGGCAAUACUCUUCCGGCAAGUGGUAAUGAGUCCAUCACACAAACUUUGAGAGUUACCAAUAGCCAACAUGGAAAGAAAAGUCUUGUCAUGCGCAUAAGGAUAGCUUACAAGAUGAACAACAAAGAUGUCUUGGAGGAAGGACAAAUCAACAAUUUUCCCCAGGGUUUAUGAAGUGGAGCAGUUUUCUAGAUGGUAAAGAUGGUGAAGCACAAGUCUCCAUCUUCUCACUGUCCGUCGUGUCGGUGCAAUCUUUUCCGUGCGAUUGUUCAAUUUGGGGUGGCAUUUACUUAGCAAGUGGGAGUGAAUUUUCUUAAGAGUAUGGGGCAUGUUCUUAGCAAGUGGUUGUGAUUUUUAUGGGAUUCAUCCAAAGGCCCCAUAACUCCCCCUUCAUUUUUCUUCCCCUUGUAAGUGGUUUAUGUACAUUAUUACAAAUUAUUCCUUUACUAAAUUGUGGUAAUUAAAUUUUGCUUUCGGUGCAAAAAGGAGGGAGCUCGUGCCAUGUUGAGAUCUUGAGGUGCUGUUUCUACUUUUGUUAGUUUGAAUGCACAGUAGCCUUAUUGUUUGAGAUUGCAAAUCAGUUAUACUUUUCAUCUUUUCUGAAACACAAAUCAGUAUCAGCUAUAUAGUAUAUCAACUUUGAUUUAAUGUAACAAUUUUCAUUGAUGUCAGUAAUGUAAGCUUAUUUUGAUUGUCAA